AUGGGUUAUAACCGUCUCACCCUGGAUCCUGGGAACGGGGAUCUCCGUCCCUGUCCUCUUGUUCGGCCCCUUUCUCCUUCGUUCCCUUUCGGUUUGUGCCCGGCUCCAUUUUAUGUGGGUCGGUCGUUUCUUCGUUUUGAGCUACAUGCUCAACCGACCUCGCGCCGCCAACGAUGGAGCACCGGCUUUCACGAAACUCGGUCCGUGCCUGGACAGGAUCAAGCCACUUUUGGGCCCGAGUUUGGAGGACAGAGUUCGCUCGGUACUCGAGGAGUUCGUAUGCAAGUCGAGCUCGCGCUACGCGAAACGAUUUCCACGAGUGAAGAAAUUCCUAAACACGGUGACCACUUGGGCCGGCUGUUUGGACGCCUCUGUCAAGGACACGGAUACCAGGCAGGAAAUGAUUAAGCACGCGAUCGAAUAUCUGGUGAAGGAUGGCCUGGUGACACAGUUCGCGGACCCAGUCGUUCUGAAUAGAGGACCGAAUAAAGUGGAUGCCGAUUCCUUGGCCGCCGAGCAGAACCAAGCCUUGAAAAGCAUGAACGUCUGGAGGUUUAUUAACGAGAAGGAUUAUUGGCUGUGCCAAGAUUGCGCAACUUGCGUAGAUGCAGAAACCACUCUACAAAUCCACCAUCAGUGCGAAAAAGUCACUUCCAAUACUGAUUUAGACGUCGAAGUCGGUUCAUUCUCUCAAGAGUCGUCGACUUUUUACAGCACCUGUAGAACGAAUUCUAUCUGCAGUCCAGUUUCCAACCGGCGAAUCGAAAAUCCAAUAUCUCAAGCAAGGAUCAAUUGUCGAGAUUUUCAACUGAUUCUCGAGUCGAAUCGAAAUGGAAGAAAUCCAGAGAAGUGCAAAUUCGACAACGCGAACGAAGACAGUUCGAAAGGAGAGACUAUCAAAACACUCGACCUGAAGGUAAAAUUCAACUGCGGCGCGAAACUCGUACAGACUCAAACCAGUCAAGGAAAUUUGAAUUUCAUUUUCGAAGCAAGUCAAAGCAAGUUAAAUCGAACGCCGAAUGAAAGCUCUAACGUUGCGAAUCGUCCGAAACCUGCUCCAAGGGGAGGAUGUUCAAAAGGAUCAGACACAAGAGUAAAGCAUGGCUGUUCUAAAUUUCCUAAAAACUGCAAGAUACAAAUCUACGUUCACAAAGCAACGAGCACCAGCCGCUCUGACAUUCGAAAGCCACCGAAUAUAUCGAAUCUUUCGCUACCUUGCAAAUCGAGCCAACUGAUCGUUCGAUUGUUCGAGGCUGACCCAUCGCUAUCGGACUCCUGUUUAAUCCUAAUGAGGAAAAGGUUCGAGAAAGACAUUAGCAACGCUUGUUCCUGCAUGAACGACGUUCUAAGAAAGUUGGACGAGACACUGAUCAAACAGCUACGUUUGAACUGCGAGAUUCGACCUGGUCGCGUGGACUUGAACCUUUCGUGCAAAACCGGCGAAACUAUGAACAAGAAGAGCAAGACUCGAUGGUUCCUCGGUCGAGUUCCCACUUGCAGCAACGUUCACAAACGCGGCUCGCGUCACGAGCUCGUCGAAAGCUGCGAGAAUUCGAACGCAGAUCGACGCGAAGAACCUCGAGGUUCGACGAUACUUCUUGCUGAUGCUGCAGCGAAACGCAGCGAAAUAUUCGAUGAGCCACGCGUUGCUUCUCCGCGAUCUGUUUGCUCGGAUCGUGGCUCGAUGGAAACGAAGCAGAUUUGCAGGAACGAAAUUGAGAAUGGAAGGGAGGAGAGGAGGAGCGAGGUUGAUCUCGCGAGAAAGGGAGAGAAGCAGGUGGAUUUCGUGGUUUCUUCGCGUACGAUAAACUUGCAGGAUGAUAAGGACUCCGUGAUUCCCAUUCAAACUGAUAUUGAACGAUCUGAGAGACGUGAUACAAGGGGCGACGAUGAUGAAAUUUGUGAGGGAGAGAUUGAUCGAUCGAGAUUGUUAGAUAACAGAGGAAAAGAGGAGAUGAUAAUGGGACAAUGUAAAGCUGAAGAAACUGUGGAUGUAAGUAAAAAGUCUGAGGUAUGGAACGAUGGAUUUAUGGUAGGAGAUUCUGAGAAUAAAUUGAUAGAAUUAUACGAUCUCAAAUGUGACUGUUCUUCGGAUAAUUUGAAAGCAGAUGGCUUUGGGGAAUAUAAUUCGACGACUGAAGGUUGUAAUUUAGAGGGAUGUUCUCGUCAUGCUUCUUGUGAUAGAAUAAUUGAGCAUAAUCCUUCGCGUAUGAAGGAUGUGGGUAAGAAGAAUUCAAAAGAUCGGCCCUGUCACGUGUUUCGUACGAAUGACAGAGUGAUUGAACAUUCUUCGAAUUUAGAUGAUAAAGAGUAUUACUCGAGAGUAAAUCAUUGUCACGUGAUUUGUAUGAACGAUAGAAUGGUUGAGCAUAAUCUUUCGCGAAUGAAGAAUGUAGAUAAUAAAAACUCAAAAGUAGACGUACCUACUUGCACGAGUGACAGAGUGAUUGAACAUUCUUCGAAUUUAGAUGAUAAAGAGUAUUACUUGAGAGUAAAUCAUUGUCACCUGAUUUGUAUGAACGAUAGAAUGGUUGAACAUAAUCUUUCGCGAAUGAAGAAUGUAGAUAAUAAAAACUCAAAAGUAGACGUACCUACUUGCACGAGUAAUUCUUCGCAGAUAACGAAUUCAGGCAAUGAAGACUGCCCCUGCUGUUCGAAAGGAAAUACUUUGAAACAAUCUGUUUUGCAAGAAUCUACCUCACAGAAGAAGAAAUACGAUUCCAAGCCAGAAGAUCACGUUUCAACGAGUAUUUCAGAUUUAAGAAGAGGGAAAGAGCUCUUCGAAAAGGAAGAACGUGUUUUUGAAUUGAAGCGAAGUAUCUUGCAGAUGAAGGAUAUAUCUAAGCAAGAAAUACACGUUUUCGAUAUAAAAGAGAGGGAGAAAGAUAUUUUGAAGGUAGAAGAGAAAUACAGCGUCGACUCUAUUUGUGCCUUGAAUUCAAACUCGGAAGAUAGCUACGACAUGAAGUGUUCUUGCUGCGGUGAGGAUAUUGACGGAAGGAAUGAUAUUCAAUCGAAUAAAUCUUUCAUUUGUCUCGACGAAAAACUUGCCGGCUCGAUUAUGGCAGAAAACGCAACAACCUCGCAAACUGUGAAAGAUACUUCCAAUCUCCGACGUUCGGGAUUUAUUAUCGAAUCAAAGGAAUCUUCGAUUCGCGAUCGAUUUCCAAAUCGAUUCACGACGAGUAAGAAAAAUUCAAUAGAUCUGUCGCAGAUAUGCUCGGCUAGUGGCGAAAGAAGAAAUUCAAUCGACGAUACUCGCGAUCGAAAUGAUUCAUUUCAGAACUCCUCUACACGUUCCAACGUUAAAAGUUCUCCAAUUACCGAGUCCUUGUUCGUAUUCUGCGAAGGAUCAAACGCGAAACAGUUCUUCUCCGAAACAACAUCGAACUCCUCCACAAACGAAGAAGAAAAUUGCCACACGGACAGGCGAGAAUCGCAUGGAAAGUUCAAAUUACCGUGCAGAGGAUAUGUUCCAGCAGCGUGUCGUCGAAAAUCGAUAUAUUCCGUGACGUGUGAUCCGGCCUGCACCACGAGGGAUCCUCUCUCUCGAAUCGGUCGAAACGUCGGGGAAGAUCGUCCGAAAGAACAGAAAGGAAAAGACGGUGUACCGAUCGUCUCUCGAUGUAAAAAUCGUCCGUGGCGAGGAUCGAUGGUUCGUGGCGGUUUUUGCGGCUCCUUCCCAGCCGUCGAUCGUAUCAAAUACCUAAUUCGCAAGAAACUGCGAAAAUUGCUUCUGGAGGAGCGUGACAAGGGGACCAGCACGUCGAAGACGUUCCUGAGGAACGACAGAUACCUUGUCAGCAUUUCCAGCGGAAAAUUGAACGACAGUCGAAUAACUCGCGAGUCCUGUCCCGCCGGUUCCUCGAUUCGUUGCCCGUUUACGACGAGAAAUCGAUACGAAGCCAGAGGAUCGCCGGAGAGAACCUUCGACGAAGGCAGUUGUUUCGGCAAAAAUAAGAGCAUUUUCGGGGAUAUUGUGAGAGAAAGAUGCCAGAGGAUGACACGGGGCAACGACAUACUUAAGAAGAUCAAGAUCGGUGACGUUUCGAGGUCCCCGGGGCAGAAACGCGACUCGAAGUCGACCGAUACGCAAGAUUUGACGAUGGGUGAUGGAGGAGGAAGGGCCGGGAGAAGUAAACAAAAGGGUAGAAACGAGCAGAGGUUUCUUGCAAAUUCCCCUUGGUGUGAUAAAAGUAGAAAAAGCCGAAAUCGUUCGAGCGUUGUAGCCUUGAACUCGAGGAGGAUGGUGUUUUUCGAAGACGAUCAUCGUGAUCACUCGUCGAGACAGAAAGUUCGCGAGAAACACGAUUCGAAGGAGAAAGACAGAACUAAGGAUCUUUCUACCGAAUCAAAGUUGAAGUAUUGCUCUAGAAGGGAUCAGUACGAACAUGGUUUCCCUAGAAGCUCGUACGAGUAUAAAAAUGGACGAGGAUCGAACGCAGAGGACGUGACGUGUUACGACAAAUUGAGAUCCUUCGAGAAACGAUUGUUCAAGCUCGAGAGAAUACGCGACGAACAGAAUAAUUUCGCUGUCCUUCUCAGCGACUAUGAGAAACGCGUCAACGAGCUGGAUGCUGAUUUUAGGCUCAAGUUGUUGCAAUACGUGAUGCUUUGCAGGAGCGUGAAGAACUCGUUGAUGAAGAGGUUACAACCGGAUGACGUUUACGAGGUCACUUCGAGCUCCGCGCGUGCCGGCCCCGAAGAAGAGAUAAAGUAUUGUAGACUAACCAUUGAGAGCAGCAGCAUCCAUCCCUCUGGCCAGAUCGAUAUUUCCUGGCAACCACCAGAGAGGGUGCCCACCCCAGUUACUCUAUGUUUGUAACAAUGCAAGUCGACUCCUAACAGCUAGUGAAAGAUUUAAGCUGUCGAUAUCUCUGACCUUUUCUUUUUUUUUUUCUUAUCAAUUUCAGUCGAGUAUCUUCGCGAUUUAAAGGAAGAAUAAAUUAAUAUGAAUUGAUAUAUCAGUAAUUUUUUUUAGUAAUAUGCUGUUAAGAUUUUUAACAAGUAUUCGAUAUUGAUAGUGUUUGAUAAGAUUUGAUAAAAAGUUCAUUUCGUAGAUGUUUUUGGGGAAAAUUAAUAUAUAUUAGAUUCUAUAUUAUUGUUAAUUUAAUUAGGUAACUAAUAAUUCAGUUUAAUUAUCAUCCGAAGGACUGGAAUUAUAUUUUUCUUCUCUGUAAACUAAUUUACGUUGUAGAGUUGGAUUUACUUGAAUUUAGACUUGAACGUUUUGAAGUUGUGAAAUUUUAAUUUGUCAUAUUUUAUUUCUGAAAAGAGAAGUUAAAUUUUCAUAAACAAUAUAUAAACAGUAAUAACAUUGAUUCUAUGAAUAAAUGAAUCGUUAGUUGAAAAAUUAGUCGAAGAUAAAAAUAAUAUAACAUUAGUAGCGCGAUUCAGUAGAAAUGGACAAUCACAUAACAGACAUAGUCGAGAAUGAGACAGUUUUCCGCGUACAGUAGAAUCAGACAGUUUUACUUCAGUCCAUAUUUCACAGGUAACCUAAAUGCUCGAACAGUACUUGCUGCAAAAUUUAUGUGGAAAACUUUUGACAAAAUUUGUGUCUCAAGUUAAAUCAUUGCUGUUAUUUUUUCAUGGUGAUAUAAAUUAACAGUAUUUUAAUUAUAAACAAAUUUAUAUAUAAAUAGACAAGUUAAAUAGACAAGUUUGAGAUUUGAUGAAAAUAAGAAUUUUAUUUAGAGCAUUAUUUACAGGUAGUAUCACGUUCUAAAAAUCUUUACGGUUAGAAUUUUGUAAUUAUGCAUAUAUAUUCUUUGUACCGUGAAAUUAUGUUUUUUUUACAUACUUAAUAAAAAUUAAUAUCAUCGAUCACAGCAAAAUAUUUUGUCGUGAUUGUCAACAUAGAAACGUCAUACUAUCACAAUCUCGUUUUCUUUCUAUCACUUACGAUGUAUAUUUACCACUUGUUCGCAUAUUUCUUUCAGGUAGAACAAACAAAAGGGAAUUUGCGCAAGUCCAAUCGUUUAAGUGGAUUGUGGAAUUUUAUUUCAAAAAGUUAAAAAAUAUUCAAAGUAUAUUAUUUACUGUGAUAUUUAGUGAAUUUCUAUAAUUCACAAAAAUUUAUUUAAAAAUCCGAAAUUUAAUGACGAGAUUCUUUUUUAAUAAAUGAAAUAGAUUUAAUUCUUUAUAAAUGUAAAUAAUAUUCUUCGCAGGACAUGUUUCGUUAAAAUAAAUGGUAUUUAUAUUUUUAUAAGAAUUUAUUAUUUUAUUAUAAGAUUUUAUUAUGUUUUAUAUAAUGAUUACGACUUUCAAGAAUUCUACAGCAACAAUGGAAAGUAUUGUUAAGAUUAAAAGAUUAGAAGACAGUAAUAUUGUUAAGAUAGAUUUAAACCUUAGCAGAUUUAAACUUCAAAGAUCUUCGAAAAUUAAGCAUCAAUUCUUAUCAACGAUCACUUUCCUCCAUGUCGUUUUAUAUUAAUUCUUAACUACAGACCGCUUGUUUGAGACAUUUUAAGUUUUUAUUUCAUUAUUAUACUCUAAUGACGAAUUUCAGUUUCUUCAGCAAUUGAGCAUCUCCAAUUUUACAUAUAUAUAUACACAAUAUUAUUUUAUAGUUUUAAUUUACAACAGAAGAUGA